ACUGCACUUGAAGUUGUAUUCAAAUGGUCGCAUUUAAAAGCUGUAUAACAUAAAUUGUAUUUUGUAUUAUAAUCGACCAAAUACAAGAAUGAAGUUACUUAUUCUUUUAUUGGCAGUUUGUUUUAGUAAAAAAGAAUGUGUUCCAAUUUCAAAUUCUAGUACUAUUGAAAAUUCAUUGAAUAAAACUUCAAACGGUGACAAUGAAGAAACCAAAAUAAAAAUUUUAGCACAAACAAUAGCUGAUGAAAAGUCAAGUAAUUCUGGGAAAGCAGUGCAUUUAAAAGCAGCGCUUAAAGCUUUUGAAAAAAAAAUUCAAGAUAUGGAUCCAGUAGAAAUAACAAAUGCAGAAACCCCAAUUGAGAAAAAAAUUGAAUUGCUUGCAGAACUGUCAGCUCAAGAAAAAAACAAGAAUUUCAAAAUUGUUGAAGGAGACAUGAUUGAAACUGAACUAUUAAGAGCAUUGAGGAACAACAAUACUGCUAAACGAGCCAUACAAAUGCGUAUGCAAAUUGGUCCAAAAUGGGGCACUAUUAUUCCAUAUGAAUUACCUGAAUCAAUUACUCACGGUGUUGGUUUGUUUGAACAAUCUAUAAAUGAAGCCUUAAGAGAAAUUAGUCGUGUGAGUUGCCUUAGAUUUGUAAAAAGAUUAAAUGAUGGAAGAUCUAAAAACAAUAAAGAUAUUGAUGGAAAACAAGAAGCCUUUCUGAAGUUUAAGCGUGGCUCUGGUUGUUUUACUAUCCCUGGAAAACAAAGUUUAGGUAUUAUACAAGCAGUGACAGAUUCCGAAGAGUAUGGUCAUCCAAUUUAUGUUGGACGUUUUUGUGAAUUCAAAGGUACAGUGCUUCAUGAAAUCCUUCACGCACUUGGAUUUCUUCACGAGCACACUCGACUUGAUAGAGAUAGAUAUAUUAAAAUUAAUUGGGAAAAUAUUGUUGAUGAUCCUAUAAAAAGAUUGCAAUUUCGGAACUAUAGACAUGGAGAUGCCGAUGGUCUUGGAUUAGGAUAUGAUCUUGAUUCAAUAAUGCAUUAUCAAAAUGAUGCCUAUUCAAAAAAUGGAAAAAAUACAAUUGAUGUAAUUAGUGAUCCCAAGAAAGUCAUUGGCCAAAGACAUGAUUUAAGUCCAAUCGAUAGAUUACAACUAAAUCGUUUAUACUGUACUAUAAAUGAACAGCAAAAGUACAGGAAUUUGCGUAGAAAAAACUGGAAUGUCAUAAGCAAAAACUUGUAUGCGUCCGGAGGACAUCAAUUACAACGUUUAAAAUGUCUAACAAGUUAAUUUUUUCAUCUGGUUUGAAAUGUAUGUUCAGUUACAACCGACUAUUACAAAGAUAAUGUGUAACAUUAAUAUUAUAAUAUGCAUUUAUAUUAUAAAUAUAAUAUGUGUAACUUUAA